AUCUCCUUCAAUAAAGCUUUGUUUCCCUCCGUGCGUGAGUUUGUACUCUGGACAUCAACCUCCAUUGACAAACAGCCUUCUGUACCUCUUGACCGUUGGCUUCUACUUUCUCUAUCCUUUCCUUGGUCAUGGUGAUGCUCUGAUACCAAAUGAUGUGUCCUAAAUAUAAAAACGCUGACUGGAUAGUGAAACUACUGAAUAACACUCCAAUUGGGGCUGGAGAAAGACCACGUUACAAUUCAGGAUUUUUCACAUACCCUGCACGUUACUUUCCUAGCCCUUUAUAUAGAAACAAAGUCAUAAACACCUUUAAUGCAUACACAAACAAUUUAACUCUCUGAUAACUGCUACUGCACUUACCCUGUGGACGUAUGAACCAACACCUUAUCUACAAGACUGCUACUUCUCCAUCUACAAUAUUCGUCCCCACUUUUUACCAAGACAUUAAUUGCUUGGAUUACUUCUUCAUAACUGCUGCUAGCUCAUGGGCUUCACAAUACUUCGGAUUGGGUUUGCAAGUCCUCUUAGGCCCCCCAUCGUUUGAAGUGUAAAGCAAAGUCUUUGCAUCCUGGUUUAAAAGUUUGAGAUGUGAUUAAUCUGAAGUUCCCAGUUGCUGCCAGAAAAUAUAGAAUCUGCCUGGCACAAAGUUAUUCCCAACUAUGUUGCUGCAGUUUUUGAACAUUUAUAGUCAUCUCAUUGCAAAUGUUAAAAGUUGAGUUGCAAUGGAGGCUUUGCAGCAGAAAUAUUAAAAAUAUACUUGCUGAUGAGCUGAGAAUCAAGGAGGGGAGAUAAUGGCGACUGACAUGCAGAAAUUGAUUGGUACGAGUGAAGAAGAUGAUGAUGAGGAGAUGGAUAUGGAUGUGAAAGAAGAGGAUGAUGAUGAAGAAAAUGGAGAGAAGCAUGCUGCACCAGUGAUGGUAGGGGUUGGAGGGAUGGUGACCGGUAGUAGUAAUAACCAGUUUCAACACCACAACCAGCAAACUCAAGACCAAAUGGGCACCCCAGGUGGAGGCACUCGGAGGUGUAGGCCACUGGAAGAGAAAGAGAGAACCAAGCUAAGAGAGAGGCAUAGGAGAGCGAUUACUGCAAGGAUCUUGGCUGGGCUACGGAGGCAUGGCAACUAUAAUCUUAGAGUCAGGGCUGAUAUCAAUGAUGUAAUUGCAGCUUUGGCAAGGGAAGCAGGAUGGGUUGUUCUUCCUGAUGGAACCACCUUUCCUUCAAGAUCUCAGGGCUCAAGGCCUGUUGGUGGUGCUGCUGCUGUGGUGACUUCAUCCCCUUCCCAAAUGGUGUCACAACACUCUCCAUCUGCUUCCGUUAGAGGAGUUGCUUCUGGUUACCAGUCCUCGGUAGAGUACAACACAGGUCGUAUGAAAGGUGUUUAUAUUCCGAGCUCAUCACCUUAUGAUCUAUCUUCGAGUGCUCGAUCUCAUACUUCAUCCCUGGUGGGAGAUGGGGGAGAACCAAUUGAAAGUCAUCCUCUAAUUGGCGGCUCCAUGAACAGCAUUGAUGACAAGCAGAUUGUUGACCUACCCUCGAAGUUACUAGAACGUAAUUUUGCUGGAACCACUCACGUUCCUGUUUAUGUGAUGCUACCAUUGGGUGUCAUUAAUAUGAAGUGUGAGCUGGUUGAUCCAGAUGAUCUCCUAAAGGAGCUAAGGGUGUUGAAAUCGAUUAAUAUUGAUGGUGUUGUGGUUGAUUGCUGGUGGGGCAUAGUAGAGGCACAUUCUCCCCAGGAGUAUAACUGGAGUGGUUACAAGAGGCUCUUUCAGAUGGUGCGUGAGCUUAAGCUUAAGUUACAGGUUGUGAUGUCAUUUCAUGAAUGUGGGGGCAAUGUUGGUGAUGAUGUUUGUAUUCCAUUGCCCCAUUGGGUGGCAGAAAUUGGUCGAAGCAAUCCCGACAUAUUUUUCACUGAUAAAGAGGGAAGACGCAAUCCUGAAUGUCUCUCAUGGGGAAUAGACAAGGAACGGGUUUUAAGGGGUCGAACUGCAAUUGAGGUUUACUUUGAUUACAUGAGAAGCUUCAGGGUAGAAUUCAGUGAGUUCUUUGAGGAUGGCAUCAUUUCCAUAAUUGAAGUUGGACUUGGACCAUGUGGGGAGCUACGUUACCCAUCUUUUCCUGUAAAGCAUGGUUGGAGAUAUCCUGGUAUCGGUGAAUUCCAGUGCUAUGAUAGGUACCUGUUAAGAAGCCUGAGAAGGGCAGCAGAAGCUAGGGGACACUCGCUAUGGGCAAGAGGACCUGAUAAUGCUGGUUCCUAUAAUUCCAGGCCUCAUGAAACAGGUUUCUUUUGUGAUGGAGGUGAUUAUGAUGGCUACUACGGAAGGUUCUUCCUCAAAUGGUAUUCUCAGGUUUUGGUUGAUCAUGGUGAUCGUGUACUUCACCUGGCAAAAUUAGCUUUUGAAGGGACCUGUAUUGCUGCAAAGCUACCGAGCAUUCACUGGUGGUACAAGACAUCCAGUCAUGCUGCUGAAUUAACUGCUGGGUUCUAUAAUUCUUGCAAUCGUGAUGGUUAUGCUGCAAUUGCAGCCAUGCUCAAGAAACAUGGAGCUGCUUUAAACUUCACAUUUCCUUUAGUACAAAUGUUAGACCGUCAUGAGGACCUCUCGGAGGCAUUGGCUGAUCCUGAGGGCUUAGUUUGGCAAGUGCUGAAUGCUGCCUGGGAUGUUUGCAUACCAGUUGCAAGUGAGAAUGCACUUCCUUGUCUUGACAGAGUUGGCUAUAACAAGAUAUUAGAUUACGGGAAGCCUACGAAUGAUCUAGAUGGGAGGCAUUUUUUGUCCUUUACCUACCUUAGACUUAGUCCACCUCUUAUGGAGCAACAAAACUUCGUGGAAUUUGAAGGGUUUGUCAAGAGAAUGCACGGGGAGGCAGUUCAUGAUCUCCAGGGAUAGUGGGAUGCAAGAACCAUCUCCAGAACGUGAAUUAUAUAUCUCCCCCACAAAAACUUUGGGGUUACUGUAUUGCAGAUUAGGAGAAUAUUAUUCGUAGUUGCUGUUAUCUAUAACAGGUAAUUGAUAACUAGGCUGGGCUAAUUUUUUAGUCAAACAAAACAGAGCACAGCCAAGAUGUAAAAGUAAUCUAUAUUGUUCUUUUUUUCUUUUUCCUUUUAAAGUAAUCUAUACCUAGAUGUAACACAAUCCCUUGUGCAUGCAUCAUGCAGAAUCUUCAUUAGUGAAUUAGAUCAUUGAGUUGUGCUACUAUAGCUUAUGUUUGUUAACCUGAGUAAAUAUUCAAUAUAUAUCAUUAUUGGGCA